AUGUCUUCCCAGACCUCAAAUGCCCCGCAGGGUACCCUCCUCGCCCAGGCCAUUCGACGGAAUCUCGGCUCCGAAGGUCCCAGUACUCAAAUCGGAACAACAGAUAAAACCAUUCUUGAACAAGUCCUCGCAAUAUACCGACCCGAGCACACAAGCACCGACGAUCCCUCCAAGGACACGCUGACCUGUCCCACCGAUAACGAAGAUGUCAACUUCAAUCUCGUCCAGAGCGUUGUCCAUCACGGGUUAUACAACGAGGAUCCUUUCCUCACAAUGGAAUCUCGACUAUCUAUAUCUAAAGACUGCCUUGCUAUAAUUCGACUGGUCACCCAAACUACGCCGAGAAUCCUCAUACGCCCUUUAACGUUUGAUGGUGAUGGCUGGGAUUCAAACUUUUGCAGCAUCCCCUCGUGGGUUUGGCUGUUGCAACGCAUGCUACCUCUUGUCUGUCAAACCAGGAUGGUUUCGCUUCGAAGAGAGAUGGUGGACACCCUUUCGGUUGUUCUGUCUGAACUUGGACGGCACACAAUGGAUGGAGAUCAUUCUAACCAUGCCCGCAUGUACUUGAAGUCAUGUGUAGACGGUAUCGUUGAAAUGUGCAGGUCGGAUAUAAAAUCGACUCUCAAGAAGUCGUUCAGCAUCACCCUUCCGAAUACCAAAUUCAUCCUGCCUAGGAGCAAACCCGACUCCCGACCCGGUGUGGCGAAUAUCCCUGAAUGGUGCUUUACAAUCAAUGAUCCCGUCGAAGCUUGCUCGCUCGCUAUUCAAAUAACACUUGCCGUUUCAAAAGUCGGGCUAAGCCAUCAUGCUACGCAAGUUAGCAAGCCGUGCUUAGACCUCUCAAUUGCGUUGCUCGCUGGUUUAAUCCAGAUUUGCCAAAGACUUAAGGCCUGGGUUGCAGCUCCUAUCAGAAGUCGGCUAUUGGUACAAAUACACAAGCAAACACUAGAGGCAUUAGCAGAGAUCCUUAGUUAUGAUAAUCUAGAACCGGAUCGGCCGGUUUUCAAGCUCAUUCAAAAGUUAAGCACAAGGUCCAUACAAGCGCUUCUAUUUCAUCCGGUUUCGGAAAUCGACCAAGAGACCGAGAUAUCCUUGUCUGCAUUGCUCUUGCUGCUCCUACGGUUUGCCGAAAGGUCUAAUCCCUUCAGGAUAAGCUUGUCACACGACCUCGUUCCUUGCAUCAAAAAUAUCCUCCAAGAUUCAAUUAAAUGGCAAGCGAGACACCGAGACCUAAAGGUUACCCUUCUAAAGUUUGCUUUGGUGUGCUCUGAAGAUUACGCAUUUCAUCAAAUGCUGAAGUCUAACCUUCAGCUGGUUGCAGGAGCCGAAUGGCAAUUCCAGAGCCCGGUCCUGCAGCUCCUUUACUUUCAGCUUCUCUCUGCCCAAACAUCACACGCGCACAUACCCAAGAUAGAAUUUGGGAACUUAGAUGGCCCGAGAAAGAGGCGGAAAAUAGAUACGGACAUAGCUAAUCAUAGCUCUCAACUAAGGCGAGAGUCGAUAUCACGGGUGUAUUCAAAAUUUGGUGGGCAGUCGAACAAGGACCUGGCAGGGCUAUAUGCUAUCGUUGCCGACGGUUUUGGAAAGCUUUCGAUCCGGGAACAGUCCGAUGUUUUCCACGAAGUUGGUCUGUUGAUCUGCUUACCGACAAAUGUAUCCCCCAAACCAGAAAUACUAGGGAUAAGUACGGAGUUAAGGCGCUUUCCUUGUACGAUAUGCGAUGAUGCUCGAUGUAUGAGAGAACAUGAAGAUACAACAAGGGAAUCCGAUGAAUUGAUACGGAUUUUCACGACUAUCCAAAAGUCCGAGGGAUUCCUACACAGUAGUAACGUGCGAGUGUCCGGAAUGCAAGCCAUGCGGAAAAUAGUAAAACACGGAUCCACCGUUCUCGAUGGCCGAUUUACUAGCCACCCUUUCGGCCAGUGGUGCCUCCAGGCUUUAAGAAGUUCAAACCGAGAUCUCAGAAUGCUAGCAGUGAUGACACUCCCGCACUUUACCAUUUUUGGUGACCAUGACGAAAAUUCGGUAUCGGAGCGAACCGCUUGCCUGCUAAAGGUCCGGGAAAUAUCUUCCGUCUCUGAUGAUACAAUACAAGAAACUUGCAUUAUCGCUUGGGGCAGGAUGUCAAGAAUUCUUGAGGGGGAUGAUCUUCAUCUCGCUCUUGGGUUGCUGCUUGGCUACCUGGGGCAUAGCAAUACUUAUCUCGCAGCGGUUUCAUAUAAUGAAAUCGAGUCCGUAGCCCAGGCAAAGAACUUAUCGAUGUCGACACUAUUGGGGCAAUUCUGGAGGGAUUUGAGUGUCGUGGUUGUGAGUCUUCUCAAAACAAAACCACAGGUCAUCCAGAGCGUAUCUACGCUCCUGGGGAUACCUACACAGGAAUUUCUCUCAAACACCAUAUCGUACACCCUGCCGCAUAUGGUUCUUAAUCGCAAGCUGGAUGUCCUAGAGAAUUUGGUACUGGCUUAUAAUAGCUGUAGGCUCAUUCUGGUUCAACGGCAUGAUGAUAUCGAAGAGCAAACCAUGUCUCUGCUUCGACAUGCAGACCCAACAUUUCAAAGACUGGAUUUUGCGGAGUUGAUCAAAGCAGAUCCUAUUGCUAUUAUGGCGGAAACUAUCAGAUGUUACGCCGUCCUCAACCCGGAUGCCAAACCAAACGCCGAAAAAGCUAUCAAAAAGAUCGCUACAGUAUGCUAUAGAAAGCCGGUUGGUGUAAAAAGAGAAAAAAACCCAGAUAUGCUGCACGCGUUCUUCGAAAUCCACGUUCUAGGGAUUAUCGCUCAAUACUCUGAGGUUCUGUUUAGCCUUCGAGCCAAACAUUCUUUAAGUGAGAAGCGACGUAAUCUAAAGGCAAUCGAGGAUAUGAUAAAAUUAGGAAAGGGAGGACUGAUAAAUGGACUCCCCCAGCUCUCCGCUUGUUUAUCUUCAGCUUUAGAGAUGAAAGGAUUGCAAGACACGACGCUAUCCGUAUGGUGCGCAUUAAUGACGGAGAUCCCUUCCGCGGACAUCGCGCCAUACUUCCCAGUUGUUCUAUGUCUUUUGAUCAAAUUCUGGGCCGAAUUCGGCGAACAUUCUAAACGGCUAGGGAGAUCGCUACUUUCCCAGAUCUUCGAGGUGCACAAUCCUACACUGCAAGACGAAGCGGAUUCACUUCCGUUGAUGAGUGUCAUCCCGGAGUUCGAUCAUUACGAAAAGGCGCUUUCCACCUCUAGAAACAAAGAUCUCAAAGAACAGCUCCGAAUUUUGACCGCUAGAAGCACUCACGAAAAUCCACUUGUUGUUGAAAGGGCGUUGAUCGAAUUGAAAGGCUACCUUGGAACCAACGAGCAUUUUAUCAGAGAUAUCACAAACGACGAAAUUCCCGAUUCCGUCGCCGCUGAAGUUAUACGUAAUCUGCUUGAUGUCUGUGUUAAACAUGGACAGUCCGCAAAUUCCAUUGCUAAACUUGCGUCUGAAUGCCUGGGUAUGAUAGGGGCGGUCGAUCCAAACCGGAUCGAAACCCCUAGAAAACAGGAUGACUUGAUGAUUUUGCAUAACUUUGAAAAAACGGAGGAGAGCAUUCGAUUUGCUCAUUUUCUCCUUGAACAUCAUCUCGUGAAGGCAUUCCUAUCAGCAACAGACACGCGCGCCCAAGGGUUUCUUUCUUUUGCAAUGCAAGAACUAUUGAAAUUUUGUGGCUUCAGCCCUGAAGUUUUGGUCAAACAGAAUACAGAUUUUACAGUCGCCCCGAGUCAAACCCGCUGGAGAGAUUUUUCAGUUACUGGAAGGAACGUGCUUUCACCGUAUCUGAGUUCGAAGUAUAUUCUAUCAACUGCUGCAACAAGCCACAAAUCCACCUACCCCAUAUUCUCAACCACCAAAUCGUACCGAGAAUGGCUGACUGAUUUUCUCCUUGAUCUCCUCCCGAAGGCGCGGGGUGUUCACACAAAAACACUCUUUGCAGAGAUCAUAAGUAAGAUCGUCAAAGGACAGGAUUUAUCCAUCCUUAAUUUUAUUUUGCCAUAUAUUGUGCUCCACAUCGUCAUCAGCGGCACUGCGGAAGACAAGAGCAAUAUUCUUCUCGAAAUGGUUUCGAUUCUCCAACACGAAAUGCCAGCAGAUAGAAAUCUAGAGUUCGAAGUGGUCAAGAGAUGUAGUGAAAGUGUGUUCAUACUAGUUGAUCAUAUGUCAAAAUGGAUACGAGAGAAGCGACGGUAUAACUCCAGCGCUGCUAUCCAUAUGGCACGGCAGAUGUCACGCCAGGUGACCGAGUCUAUAGACCAGGGUCCAGAUGUUUCAAUCGCAUCUGUAGAAGACUUAUUGUCCAAGCUCCCCCCAAAACUGAUUGGUGAGCGGUCUAUCCAGUGCCAGUCAUAUUCUCGAGCAUUGUUCUACUGGGAACAGUACAUGAGAAAGUGCCGUAGCGAGCAGACCAAUAUGGAAACUCUUUACACUCAGAUGCAGUCGAUUUAUUCCGAAAUCGAUGAACCAGAUGGCAUUGAAGGGAUUUCGACAAAGCUGAGCGUCGUUAAUAUCGAACAACAAAUCCUAGAGCAUCGCAAGGCUGGGAGGUGGUUAGCAGUGCAAAGCUGGUACGAACAUCUACUGAAAGAAAAACCAACGGACAUUGAUUUACAAUACGGCUUGCUUACAAGCCUGAAAGAGUCUGGCCAGCAUGGCUUUGGAAUUGAAUCGGCUUGGAGGUCUCUUAAUUGGGACAAGCUCGAAGUUUUACUCCAGCAAUGUCCGGAACAGACUUCAUUCGAUGUUACUAUUGGGCGAACGAUCAAUGCUUUCAGAAGCGGCGAUAGGAAGUCGUUAGAAAGGAUUAUCCACGCUGGCCGAGAUCAGUUAGUGCGAUCGAUGACAAUAUCUGGCACAAACUCAAUAAGAUCGUCCCAUGAAAUACUAUUUCAGUUUCAAGUUUUGGCGGAAUGCCAGUAUAUUACCUCAACUAUCCAGGAAGGUUCUAUCGAUGAGGCCACUUUCAAGCAUAAUAUGGACGCAAGACUCACGUUGUUGGGACCAUCGCACCGUGAAAAGCAAUAUAUCCUGGCGCUUCGCCGUGCCCUUUUAUCUUUGUGUCGUGGGUUCGACAACUUCACCCGGCCCUAUAUCUCCUCACUAUGGCUUACUACUGCAAAACUUGCCCGCAAAAAGAAAGAUUACCACCAGGCUUUUACUGCGAUUCUAAAUUCGAAUGAUGACCAAAACGGCCCUAUCGAACAAGCCAAAUUAGCCUGGGAUGAAGGUCGACACCGGAGAGCUAUCAAAUUGCUUGAAAACGCAAUAGAGACAAAUGCGUUCGAAGCAGUUUUACCAACAACAGACUCGUUCCAGGAACUCGAUGCUUCUGAAACUCGCAAAAGACACCCCCAAAGUUCAGCGAAAGCGAGGGCUAUGCUUCUUUGGGCAAGAUGGAUGGAUAGUGCUGGUCAAAUUCAGUCGAAAGUUCUAGUUAAUAAAUUUCGGGCGGUUGCCAAUUCUUGGGAGAAGGGGCACUUCUACCUCGGACGACACUACAACAACAUUCUUAAGACCGAAAGGGCAUUGCCACUUACUAAACGCCCCGAAAGCCUUCUUAUCGGCGAGAAUGUGAAGCUUGUGUGCACCAACUAUAUGAGAGCAAUGAUGUACGGGACGAGAUAUAUAUUCCAGACCCUCCCCCAGUUUCUCAACUUAUGGUUGGAUUUUGGUCUGGAAUCUGAGUCACCGUUUGAACCCGAAGUUGGAGUCGAGGUUUUCCGAGAUCAUCUUGCAGCGCGGAGAAAAAGCGAGAUUGCCGACUUGCUAGUUCAAAUAAAAAGGGGAUGUCUUCACAACAUCCCUACAUUCGUGUUUUUAUCUGCACUUCCGCAAAUAAUGUCUCGGGUUGGCAUUCAAAGCGAGAGUACAUGGGCAGUCUUGGAAAAGAUUAUAUUAAGGAUUUUGGUCGCAUAUCCACAACAUACCAUGUGGUCUAUCCUUGCCGUAUUCAAGUCUGGGCAGCCUGACAGAAAGAACAGAGCUACUAAGAUCUUAAGUCGGCUGAAGACCGAAAAAGCCGCUAACGUCGAUUUGAAAACAUUCAUCGUUGCUGCUCAGAAACUGGUCCAAGAGCUAUUGGCACUAUCCAAUUUUGAGAUAAAGGGUAAACCGAGCCACGUUAGCCUUCGGGACGAUUUAAACUUCCAGCAUAACGUGGCACCUGUGGCCCUUAUUAUACCAGUCCAAUCGGCCCUGUCACUCUCCUUUCCUGCCGAUGGGCUAACGCCCAAAUUCGGCCAUAACCCUUUUUCCAGAGACCAAGCCACAAUCUCUAAAUUUGAAGACGAGGCGGACGUGAUGAGCUCGCUCCAAAAGCCCCGGAAAAUCACGAUAAUCGGGAGUGACGGACGGCGCUAUCCGCUGAUGUGCAAACCAAAAGAUGAUCUCAGGAAGGACGCACGUUUAAUGGAAUUCAAUACGAUCAUCAACCGCCUAUUAAAGAAAGAUGAUGAGUCAAGUAGAAGACAGUUACAAAUUCGCACAUAUGCUGUGACACCGUUAAACGAAGAAUGUGGUUUAAUUGAAUGGGUGAACAAUCUUCGUCCUCUAAGAGAUAUUCUCCUCAGAUCAUACAGAGCCAAGAAUAUCUCCGUUAAUAAAAAGUACGCAGAAAUUCGGGUCCUGUUGGAUGAUGCAUGCUCAAGUCCUUCAAAGUAUCACAGAUUUGAAGAUGUGGUCGUUGCACGUUUUCCUGCCGUGUUCCAUGAGUGGUUUGUUGAACUCUUUCCAGAGCCCGAGACUUGGUUCGCAGCAAGACUAUCCUAUGUUAGGACCACAGCCGUCAUGUCUAUGGUGGGAUAUAUAUUAGGUCUAGGCGAUAGACAUGGCGAAAAUAUUCUCUACGAUGAAGUGACAGGGGAGACUCAGCAUGUCGACUUCAAUUGCCUCUUCGAUAAAGGCUUGACAUUUGAAAAGCCAGAGCGCGUGCCCUUCCGAUUGACCCAAAAUAUGGUCGACGCAAUGGGUUUAACUGGAUACGAAGGCCCGUUCCGGCGUUCAUCUGAGGUUGUCAUGCGUAUACUUAGACAAAAUGAAGAAAGUUUGAUGACGGUGGUUGAAACAUUUCUCCACGAUCCUCUAGUUGAGUGGUUGGCGCGCCGUACCACCAAUCCCAGUAAAGCUCCGGAUAAUCCAAAGGACGUUUUGGAAAGCAUCGAGAACAAACUGAGAGGUUUGCAUGCUGGAGACCCUGUCCCUCUUUCGGUAGAGGGACAGGUCCAAGAACUGAUACAACAAGCCGUUAACACCGACAACCUGGUUCAGAUGUAA